AUGGCUCCAUCUGCGGUCGCUUCUCCUGGCAACGCUGUGCUACUGGCCAAGGUGACUAACAAAACUCACCGGCUGUGGUGGAGAGACCCGGGUCUACAAAGCCUCAAUAUUCUACUCUUGUCGUGUUUUCUCGGUUCCAUAGCAAACGGCUAUGAUGUAUCUCUAAUCUCUGGACUCGAGGCAAUCCCCCGCUGGUUCGAGGACAUAUCUGGCGCCAAGAAUGUCAAUACUCUGGGUCUGCUCAUCGCAGCCUACUCCUUUGGCGGUGUUAUCUCUUUCUUUCCAGCACCCUGGGUGGCUGACAAGCUGGGUCGUCGGUGGGGGAUCAUAAUUGGAGACGUGGCCGUCAUCGGGCAGUGCUUCUGCAAGACGGCCAUCCAGUUCCUCGCCACCCGCCUCGUCCUCGGCUUCUUCUCGCUUUUUUACUCCAUCAGUUCAACAGCGCUUCCCUCAGAGCUUGCCCACCCGCGCCAGCGAGCUAUCGUUGGCGCCCUCUUUAACACAUUUUUCCUUCUGGUCGUGGAGGACACCUGUCAUUACACAGCUCUUUGGACGAGUGUGCAGCUUAUAUUUGUCCUAUUUACCCCAGAGUCUCCGCGUUGGUUGGUAAAUAAUGAACGGCUCGACGAGGCUAAAAGCACCUUAGCCAAGUACCACGCCAAUGGUGAUGAGACUGACGAGCUCGUCAUUGUCGAGUUUUUAGAAAUUCGCGCCUUAGUCGAGCCAGCUAAGAGCUUAAAGGUGACUUGGGCAUCGUUGUUUGCUACCCCCGGCAACCGGAGGAGAAUUUCCAUCUGUCUCGGGCUCGGUCUCGCUACGCAGUGGGUUGGUAAUGGCAUCAUUAGCUACUAUUUUGCACCGGUGCUUGAGACGGUCGGCAUCUCCAACCCAACUCAACAGCAAGGCAUCAACGGUGGUUUGCAAAUUUACAACUGGUUCUUGUCAAUCGCCGGGGCGAUGCUGGCAGAGAGGGCUGGGCGUAGAAAGCUGUUUAUGCUAUCGUCGUCCAUAAUGUUGUUGUUCAUGAUUCUCGUCUUGACAUGCUCAGAUGUCUUCGCCAACACGGGAAAUUCUUCUUCCGGUACAGCGGUUAUCGUGUUCCUGUUCCUGUUCUUGGGCGGCUACGUUAUCGGCUUCACACCAAUCCCUAUUGUAUAUGUCAAUGAGAUUUGGCCGACAGAGCUUCGAGCCAAGGGCGGAUCCGUGUAUUGGCUCUCGCAAACGUUAGCAGUCUGCUUCAACCAGUAUGUGAAUCCCAUUGCGCUCCGCGAGAUUCGAUGGCGGUACUACUUUGUCUACGUCGGCGUCCUGAUUGCCGUCAUAAUGUUUGUCUACUUCUUUGUUCUCGAGACAAAGGGGAGUUCCUUGGAGGAGGUCGUGGGUAUCUUUGACAAGAAGUAUGAGGUGGCAGUAUCUCAGCCGCUCAGCAACGCAUUGAGAAAGGAGGAAACUGAGGUAGUAACCGUCGAAAACACAGCUUGA